CAGGAAGGAGCAUGAGAAGAGUAACGGCCACUGUUUAGGAACGUCCUGCCAGCGGGCGCGCGCGCGCACCUGCCGCAGAGUCCCCAGCACGGCCCGAAGCCCGAGGGCGAGAAGAGAGAGGGCCGCAGGCCGGCCGAGGAGCGCCCCGCGGCCGGCAACACGAGGGCAGAGGGCGCGCCCGUGAUGAGGCGCGGGGUCGGCCGAAAGGACACAGGGCGCCCGGGCAAUCCGCAGGGUGCUACGCGGCUCGCGGCGCGGGGUCAUCGCGGCGCGGCCGAGCUCCUCACGCGACGGGGUCCAGCUGCGCCCCCGCCUUGGAUCAGUCCGCCUUGGCCCUCCGCCCGCGCCCGCCGCCUCACCACCGGGUCCUGAGUCCAGGCGGCCGCGGCGGCGCUCGCGGCCAGCAGCGCCUCCUCGCACGCGCGCUUUCCCGCUGGCUCGCGCGCAGCCGCAGGAGGCCGCGCCGGGCGGCCGCCGGCAGGCCCAGCGCCGCCAAGACCGCGUGGGGCAGCGCGGAACAGAUGGAGACGGACAAGCAGAGCAGCAGCGCGGCGGGCAGCGCGAAGGCGCCCGCGCAGGAGAUGGUGAGCCGGGCGAACCAGUUUGAGCCAAUGCUGCUGCUGAGGCGACGUGCAGCAUUGCACCUCACCUGCUGGUCGAAAACCUGCGUGUUCUGGGCGACCAGGGGGACGCGCUGGAAGCAAACCGAGCCAAAGCGGCUGCGGAGGAGCAGCAGCAGUGCAUUCACAAUUCACAAGGCCCUUCCCCCUCCGCGCCUCAGGUGCCCGAUGGCGAACUGGGGCUCCUCUGACUUUGGGUGCCACGUUCGGGUCAUUGAGGAAACGGGGGCAGAAGAAUCCAGCUGCCCCGUCCAAUCGGGACGGUGGGCCUGGCCAACUGAGGGAGGGAGGGAAACACUGGGUGAAGGCAACUGGCGCCUUCAGGUAGUGAGGUCCAAAUUAUGGAGGCGCGUCGGCACCUCUCCCCACGGCCGACUUCGUUAGCCGAAGGACCGCAAGGUCCUUGCGGUCCUUCGGCAGCCCUCCUUGCGGCAUGGUGGAUUGGUGUACUGGUGGGAGCGGGAGGGGCGUGGGGGGGCGCACGAUGACGGGCCCCGCUGGCGACCCCCUCCUCGCUUCGGUCAGGGGGCCGCUCGCCCGUG